AUGAGACUAUACCAUAUUUUUCGCUUCACACUGCGAAACAAUUCUAGUAAUCAUCUCGAUGCAGAUCAAAGCUUCAACUCAACCAUAAAAAUAUUUCCCACGCAACGCUCUGCUAACAUGCCGAAGUCACGCAGGCCCACCUGGAAGCGCUACGUGGUAUGGGCUGUCCUGCUCACAAUCGCGCUCGCGCUCGUAGGACGGUUUGUGAGCAACCGGACGGCAACCGACGUGCAGGCUAUCCUGCAAGGUUUGCCCAAAGACAUUGCUCCAGGAGCUGAUGCUGCAUCCGCACAGAAGCAGGACGUUAACAUGGUUGAGCUGUUCGAGAAGCUGUCGCAGGACUUGCUUGCGAAACAAGAAGACCAAAUUAAAAAAUUUGAGAAAGAGCGUAAAAUACUGGAAAAGAAGAUACAAGACCUUAAGCAGCCUGCCACGCAUGCCACGCUGCGUGAAAAGCUUGCCCACAUGUUCGAGUAUGGAACGUCGAAGAAAUUUCCCGCUUUUAUCUGGCAGACUUGGCCUUACUCUGACCUGGACGACCGCAUGGACCCCACUCUUCAGUCAUUCGAAAGAAGGUGGGGUGACAAGAACCCAGGGUUCGUGCAUGAAAUAAUCAACGAUGACACUGCGUCAGCUCUCAUUCACUACAUGUAUGCAUCUAUCCCAGAGGUCAUAGAAGCUUACGACGCGCUCCCAUCAGUAUACCUAAAAGCAGACUUCUUCAAGUACUUGAUUUUGUUUGCACGCGGCGGCGUUUACGCAGACAUAGACACCGACCCUCUGCAGCCAGUUCCUAACUGGAUCCCUGAAAAUGUGUCUCCUCGCGAAAUUGGCCUCAUUAUAGGCAUAGAAAAUGACGCCAACAGUCCCGACUGGAGGAGCAACUACGUUAGGAGGCUGCAAUUCGGUAACUGGAUCAUGCAGGCCAAGCCCGGCCAUCCAGUCAUGCGCGAAAUCGUCGCUAAAGUCACAGAGGAGACCUUGAAACGUCGCGCAGACGGCGAGCUGCGUAUGAACCUCAGAAACGACCUCAACAUUAUGAGCUGGACCGGCUCAGGGAUAUGGACAGACGUGGUUUUCACCUACUUCAAUGACUACGUCCAAAGUGGCAUCCUCAGCAAGAUCACCUGGAAGGAGUUUCACAAUCUGGGUGUUCCAAAGCUUGUGGGCGACGUGCUGGUGUUUCCACAGUUCUCCUUCGAUGCUCCCGAGAAGGAGGAAGAUGGAAAUAAGGCGCUGCAAUUCUGCAGGCACACCGGUCUCAAGAGCUGGAAAGCAGCCCCAAAGGUGGCUGGAGAUAACUAG